CAGACCUAGCAACAAUAAUGUAAACAAAGGAGAAGCACGCCACAAAUGGAAGCCCAAAGCCAAAGUGCCCCUUCAAACUCUACACAUGACUUCUGAGAAUCAAGAGAAAGUGAAAGCUCUUCUUCGAGACCUGCAAGAACAAGAUGCAGAUGCUGGAUCUGAAAGAGGCAUUUCUGGAGAGGAGGAAGAUGAUGAGCCUGAUUGUGGAGAGGAUGAGCGGUAUUGGUCAUCCGGACAAGAACCUUCCCUUGUUCCGGACUCUGAUCCUUUGGAAUAUGCUGGCUCAGCCCCAGUGGAGCCUCAUAUUCCAGAAUUUACAGUCUCACCAUUUGCAGUGCAAAAACUUUCCAGGUAUGGUUUCAACACUGAACGCUGUCAAGCAGCCCUGAGGAUUUGUGAUGGAGAUGUGGGGGCCUCCCUAGAGCAUCUACUCACCCAGUGUUUUUCAGAGACAUUUGGAGAGAGGAUGAAGGUCUCUGAGGCAGUUGGCCAUAUAAGCUUGGAUGAGUGUGUGGAGCAGAGACAGGAGGAGGCAUUUGCUCUCAAGUCAAUAUGUGGAGAAAAAUUUAUAGAAAGAAUUCAGAACAGAGUCUGGACCAUUGGACUAGAACUGGAGUAUUUGACAAGUAAAUUCUGCAAAUUCAAGCAAAGGGAAAGUACCAAAAAUGCACAAGAGACUUCACUUGAAACCUGUAGAUUUUACCUCAAAGGAAAUUGUAAAUUUGGAUCAAAAUGCAAAUUCAAACAUGAAGUACCCCCAAAUCAAAUUGUUGGAAGAGCAGAAAGAAGUGUAGAUGAUUCUCAUCUUAAUGCUAAUGAAGAUGCAUCUUUUUUAUAUGAACUUGAAAUUCGAUUUUCUAAAAACCACAAAUACCCCUACCAAGCUCCCCUUGUGGCAUUUUAUUCCACCAAUGAGAAUCUACCUCUGGCUUGUCGUUUACAUAUUUCUGAGUUCCUUUAUGGCAAGGCCUUGACAUUUGCAGAAACUUCAGAACCUGUUGUAUAUUCUUUGAUAACCCUUUUAGAGGAAGAAUCAGAAAUAGUCAAGCUAUUAACAAAUACCCAUCACAAGUAUAGUGGCCCUCCUGUGAACUUUCUGCCAGUGCUCUCUGGGACCAGAAUAAAUAAUCCUGCCUGUCAUAAACCAGUGAUUCCAAAUAAUUCUUUUGUUUCAAAUCAAAUUCCAGAAGUUGAAAAAGAAACAGAACCUGAGGAGGAGGCAGAUGAGGAUGAAGGUCCUGCACCAGUUAGAGUGGAGAAUGAAAGCUAUGUGAACCUUAAGAAAAAGAUUUCCAAAAGAUAUGACUGGCAGGCAAAGUCAGUACAUGCUGAAAAUGGUAAAAUCUGCAAGCAGUUCCAAAUAAAACAGUCUUCCAGACAGUUCCAGUCAACCCUCCAAGAAAGACAAUCACUCCCUGCUUGGGAAGAAAGAGAAACCAUUCUUAAAUUGCUGAGCAAGCACCAAGUGGUUGUCAUAAGUGGUAUGACUGGAUGUGGAAAAACCACACAGAUUCCACAGUUUAUUCUGGAUGAUUCUCUGAAUGGACCACCUGAGAACGUGGCUAACAUUAUCUGCACCCAGCCCCGACGAAUCUCUGCAAUCUCUGUCGCUGAACGCGUUGCUAAAGAAAGAGCAGAAAGGGUGGGUCUGACCGUGGGAUACCAAAUUCGAUUAGAAAGUGUCAAGUCCUCAGCCACCAGACUGUUAUACUGCACCACAGGAGUGCUGCUAAGAAGGCUAGAAGGAGAUACAGCUCUACAAGGAGUCACCCAUAUCAUUGUUGAUGAAGUUCAUGAGAGGACAGAGGAAAGUGACUUCUUGCUGCUAGUUUUGAAGGACAUUGUGUUGCAGAGGCCAACUCUUCAAGUUAUUCUAAUGAGUGCAACUUUAAACGCCGAACUCUUUUCAGAAUAUUUCAAUUUCUGCCCAGUUAUUACUAUACCAGGUCGUACAUUUCCUGUUGAUCAAUUUUUUCUGGAAGAUGCAAUUGCUGUGACAAGGUAUGUGUUACAGGAUGGGAGCCCAUAUAUGCGCUCCAUGAAACAGAUUUCAAAGGAAAAGCUUAAAGCAAGGCGCAACAGAACUGCAUUUGAGGAAGUUGAGGAAGACCUGAGGCUCUCCCUUCACCUCCGGGAUCAGGAUUCUGUCAAAGACUCAGUGCCAGAUCAACAGUUAAAUUUUAAACAGCUCUUGACCCGCUAUAAAG